CCCUGGGCGUGCUGGUGGCCCUGCUGUGGGCGCCCCUCGCCGCGGGGGCGGGGGCGGCGGAGAAGAGCCGGCUCAGGGACCAGGUUGUGGAGAUGUUUGACCACGCGUACGGCAGCUACAUGAAACACGCAUAUCCUGCAGAUGAGCUAAUGCCUUUGAGUUGUCGGGGCCGAGUGCGCGGGAUGGAGCCGAGUCGUGGGGAUGUUGAUGAUGCGCUUGGCAAGUUUUCCCUCACUCUAAUUGACACUUUGGAUACGCUUGUGGUCCUUAACAAGCUGGAUGAGUUUGAGGACGCUGUGCGGAAGGUGGUCCUGGACGUGCGGCUGGACAACGAUGUGGUGGUCUCUGUCUUUGAAACCAACAUUCGUGUGCUGGGGGGCCUGCUGGGGGGUCACAUCAUGGCCGAUAUGUUGAAGGCACAAAGCGUGCGGCUGCAGUGGUACAAGGGCGAGCUCCUGCACCUGGCCCGGGAUUUAGGGUACCGUCUCUUGCCCGCUUUCAACACCACCAGCGGGCUGCCGUACCCCAGGGUGAACCUGAGGUAUGGGGUCCUGAGUCCGAACUCCCGGACAGGCACCGAGCUUGACACCUGCACGGCCUGCGCUGGCACCAUGAUUUUGGAGUUUGCUGCCCUCAGUCGCCUGACGCAAGAGACUGUUUUUGAAGACACCGCUCGGAGAGCGCUGGAUGUUCUCUGGGAGAAGCGCCAGAAAGGGAACGACCUGGUGGGGACGGUCAUCAACAUUCACAAUGGGGACUGGGUGCGGAGGGACAGCGGGGUCGGAGCUGGGAUAGACUCGUACUACGAGUACCUGAUGAAGGCGUAUAUACUCCUGGGGGAUGACACCUACCUGGAGAGGUUCAACGCUCAUUAUGUGGCCAUAAUGAAAUACAUCAGCCAGCCUCCCCUUCUGCUCAACGUCCAUAUGCACAACCCCACGAUCAGCAUCCGGAGCUGGAUGGACUCCCUCUUGGCCUUCUUCCCCGGCCUCCAGGUGCUGAGGGGGGAUUUGAAGCCCGCCAUUGAGACGCACGAGAUGCUGUACCAGGUCACCAAGCAGCACAAAUUCCUCCCGGAGGCGUUCACGUCCGACUUUGCCGUGUACUGGGCCCAGCAUCCUCUGCGGCCGGAGUUUGCCGAGAGUACCUACUUCCUGUACAAGGCUACUCGAGACCCCUACUACCUCCAGGUGGGAAAGUCCAUUGUAGAGAGCCUGAACGAGUAUGCCCGGGUGGCCUGUGGCUUUGCGGCGGUGCAAGAUGUACGGACGGGCCGACACGAGGACAGGAUGGACUCCUUUUUCCUGGCUGAGAUGUUUAAGUACCUCUACUUGCUUUUCUCUGAGAAGCGAGAUCUGCCUCUAGACAUUGACGAUUACAUCUUCACCACCGAGGCCCACCUGCUGCCCUUGUCCCUCGCCACCGCCCGGCCCCCCUGCCCCAGGAACAUGACUAUGUUUCGCAGGGGCCAUGGAGAGGAGAUUUUUACCCGUUCUUGCCCCAGCACACAGACUCUCUUCCCCAAUAACCCAACCUUCACCCGCACCAUCCGGGAUGCCCACAAGCAGCUGCUGCAACCAGGAGCAGAGCGCCUGGCACUCUUCAGGGGGAUUGAGUUCCCUCUCCAUGACACCAGGAUGGAGCCCUUGGAGAUCCUGAAGAACAUGGGACUGACCCUGCUCCCCCUGGGUGACAGGAGCGUGCAGCUGACGGGCAUCCGACACAAGCAAGAAGCUUCUCCCUUGGGGCUCUUCAGCCUGAAAUUCAUCACGGAGCUGGUCGACCCGCCUGCAGGAGAGCAGCCAGGCAUCUCCCCGCUGGCUGUCCAAGUUAUCUCUCCCCCCUUUUUUGGGAGAGUGGUACUCACCGCGGGACCAGCCCAGUUUGGAAUGGACCUGACCAAACAGGAGCACGGGGUGAAAGGAAGCUUAGUGCUGAGUGAACCUUACCAGGCCUGUGCAGCAAUCAGCAACUGGAAGGAGGUGCAAGGGAAAAUGGCACUGGCCCAGAGAGGCGAAUGCAUGUUUGCCACCAAAGCCAGGAAUUUGCAGGAAGCAGGAGCCUCGGGGGUGAUUUUCAUCGACAAUGCUGAAGGCAGCUGCAGUGAGGAGAUGGUUCUGUUCCAGAUGGUGGGCGACGGAAGUACCGGUAACAUAGUCAUCCCUCUUGUCUUCCUCUUCCAAAAGGAGGGGCAAGUCCUUUUAGAUGCACUGUCCCAGCAUCGCAAUGUGGAUGUGCUGCUGGCCACUAAACCCAUGUUCCUAGGUGAAGAAAAAACAGACCAGCCGUUGUCUGCAAGUCAGUUGCACGAGGCAGCCACAGAGAUCCGCACCACGAUGGUGACAAGUGCUCCAGACCAAGCAUGAGUGGAGGCUGUUUCUCCUGCUCUCCAGGAGCUAGAAGCCAGCUGUCCUGUCCCCCCUGUGGAAGCUGCUCCUAGAGCAUGGAAAAAGUGGAAGUGUUGCACUCCUACUGUUUACUGCAGCGCUCGAGUCACAGUUUGCAGAGUGGAAACUCAGUUGCCAAAAACCUCAGGAACUUUCAUGUUUGUAAUUUGGAGGAAGGGAAAAGUGGCAUUUAGCUGCUAGCCAGAGUGCAAGUGAAGCAUGACCGUAGCGUCUCCAUUUUUUUUUUUAACAACACUUGUGCCAACCGUCUCGGUGAUGCUAAGGGCCGAUGUGUGUGUUUGAAAUAGAAAGAUGUUGCUCACUGUUGGUUUGUUAAUGUGCAAGUGACAGGGUUUCUGAGGUGAGUUUCAGCUGUAGCCUUUUCUUUGAUCUUACUGCAAACAAAGAGCCUGGGCUUUUGAACCAAAGAAGCUCAGACUAGCCCGGCUUUAACUUUCUCUGUCUGCAUCAUUUUCAAGUGACAGGCUAUGCUCUGCCGUCUCUAUGGUACUUCAAAGUGGAAAUCUUCACCUAGAAAUCCCACUGGCCUCUGCAACAAGUGUCAAGGCUCACUACUGCAUGUAUAAACAUUAGGCAUUAAAUUGCCUGCUUGGCUUUUAAAAGCCUAAUUGAAAUUUUACAAGCCUUUAGGACCUGCUGUGGUUGAACCCAAACCUGUAGCACAACUCAGUUGGCUGUAUGAAAGCGAGGAAUUGGGAACUUGGCCAGCUGGAAGACCAAAUCUACACCUGAGAACUGGUCUAAAUUAGGCUUGGCAAUUUGUUACAGCUGACCUGAGGUGCCUUUCUACUACCAUCUGGUACUGACUAAUGGGGGGGAGGGGAGGAAGAGAUUGCAUCCAUCACUAUGUGCAUCAAACUUCCUCCCGAAGGAGGAAACAAUUCACUGCACUGCCACUGAAAUUCUAUGACAGAUGUAGUGGUAAAAACUUGUAUAAACUUUCUCCUCCGAUCCCUUCUGGGAAGAGAUGCCUGAGAGUUCCAUUUUUGUACUGGAGUUUAAAGGCCGUUUGAAAACUUUUCUACCGCCACUUAUUGCAGGGCCCUGCUUGGUUAGGGGGCGGCCGAGAGACGCAAUCUUCUCUCGCACUGGGCCUCUGAAAUCUGCACUUUCCUUUCCGUUUUUAAUGGGAGUCAUACUUGAGCCCUGUAAUUUCAGGCACACAAUGGAGAAGUGAUGUUGCAAAGGAACUGGCCUCAGCUGCCAGCUGGUGUGAGUAAAUUAAAUUAACCAGUCCUCAUAUGGGCCCUUUCAAUAGAACUUGGUGUCUUGUGCACAAACCCUAAACCAAAAGCAGGGGGUCAGGACUUGUCUACUGGCCAGCCUUCUUCCUGAGAACUUGUUUGAGUUUUAAACCUAGCCCAAGCCCUGGGCUGCUAGCUGGUAACCAGAAAGGGAAACUGAUGAGUUUCUUUUCACUGCGCCCCGGCUGAGUGAAGUGGGAAACCAGUGACUCCCCAACCUCAGUGGUCAAGCACUCUGAGCGAAACAUUGGCUUAAACGCCAGGUAGCACAGACAAGGUUUCUGCCCCCUUCCCUAUUGCAAAGGAAGCGCUUGUACUGUUCUGUGAAACCAGACCACAGGGUAUUGGCAUAUAACUGAGUGGGAAAAUGAGGCCCUUACGGUAACAGACCAGCUUUUAAAGUUCUCAUUGCAGAACACCAAGCUGACCAGCAGGGUUAAGUCAAGUCAAAUGUUUGUAUUGCAUACACAGACCUGAUGCCUGCCAUCUUUAUACAAAAUGACCAGCAUAUCAUGUAGAGGGCAGGCUAAGAAUGCAAAUUAUACAAAUAAUAGUAAGAGGAGAGCAGUGAACCCUGGGCCAGAGCUCCUGAUCAAUGGUGAGUUCGGUACCUCCAUUGCCAGCAAUGGAUAGAAUCACAUUUAAACAGGAAAGAACCUCCGCUGAAGAAAGUUGAAGCAGAAUUUAACUGAGUACAGGGCUUUGUCACAGGGCCAGGAACAGCUUUAGCUUCCCCCUGGACAAUGAGUGUGAGGGCUCUGAGCGACGUCCUGAGCCUCACCAGCAAUCCUGACUGUGGGGAAGCUGUACUUAUAAAUUGGUUACAAAACACUAGUGGCCUGGAGCUAAGCAGUGCAUGCAGCUGCCCUCCCUCCCCCAAUCAUCAGCCCCAAAACCACCUUGGGAUGAGGCAUGCCUGGCUUUAGUUAAUUCCAGCAUCAUUUUUAAAUGUGAGAUUUCACUUACUUGACUUCUUAAGAGCAAAACAAGCCUGUUUGUAAGCAAACCAGGUGUUUUGGUUUAUAUGAAGAGCUAUAAAGGGAGUCAAAUCUCUUCCAAACAAUAGGUGCAUCCUGGGGGUGGGUGGGGUGGAAUUGGAUUCCAGGAAUGUGGCUGAAUUGUAAAACUGCUGCUGAUCCAGAUCAGCACCUCGCUCUAGGACUCUGACCCUGUCACAAGCCAGCGAAUAGAAAUAGGGCUGUGCCUCAGUGUUGGCACCACCUGCUAGAAAAGAUGCCCCUGUACAACGGAACUGCUUUAAAUAGUCUGAGUCUCAGCAGCAUCUCCUGAUGUACCAGUUCAUUGUGCAGCAGAUUCUAACUAGACACUUCUUGCCCUUCAUUUGUCUCCCUUAGUGAGACAAAGCCUUAAAUAAACAAUCACACAGAAAUUUUAUCCCUUUUCUCUACACAGUGAAUUUUCUCCACCAACUAUCCCUGAAAAAUUGGCAGCAUUUGUUGCUUAUAGUAAUGAUUUAAGGAGGGCAUCAUAAUGUAACUGUCAUUAAAUAUCUGUCCUUC